AUGGAAGCUUUAAAUGUACUAAUUGCGAUAGGUCUCAUUCACUGUUUACUACUCUUCUUUGACACAAUUUUUAAGUCAUGUUCACAUUACCCAUACCUCUAUUUUCUGAAAAAUACUGGUUUAGAAAUUCAAGUAUUAAGGAUAACAUGGUUUACUACAGCAUUUAAUCGCAAGAUAAUUAAAUGGGGAAUGGGUCGUUCUAAAUUUUGGACUGCUUGGUUUAAUGCAGGGGUCAUUGUUAGUGUUAUUCUUUUGCCCCUUGCAACAAUUGCAAUUUUAAGAAUGACAUUUAAUAUAUGGACUAAUGGGCCAUCCCUUGAUAACAGUAAUUCAGAACCUUUAUUAGAACCUAUGUUACCUGGAAUAGAUGUGCCCUGCAAUGAAAUUGGAUAUUACAUCAUUACAUUAGUAAUUUGCACUUUCAUGCAUGAGUUAGGGCAUGCAUUGGCUGCAGCAAGAGAAGAUGUUCAGUUGUUUGGUCUAGGAAUACUGAUUGUCUUUAUAAUACCUACAGCUUAUGUACAUAUAAGCAGUGAACAACUUACUUUAUUACCGAUAAAGAAUCAACUACGAGUUAUUUGUGCAGGAGUUUGGCAUAAUAUAGUACUUGCAACAGCAGCUGCAACUAUUGUUAUGCUCUCUACAUGGUUGUGGACACCAUUUUAUGCAGUUGGAAAUGGAAUUUAUGUAAAAACUAUUUUACCUAAUUCACCUGUACUAGGUCCAACAGGACUUCUUGAACAAGAUGUAAUAUAUGAGAUUAAUGACUGUCCUGUAAAACGAACUGAAGAUUGGUAUAAUUGUAUACUGCAUACAAUUAAUCAACCAGCUCUUGGUUUUUGUGUAUCUAAUAUAUUCAUACUAAUUUAGGAAUAUGAUGAAUCAGUUCCAUCUAGACAAAAAACUAAUGGUGUUAUAAACUGUUGUACAUCAGACAGUGAAGUUGGUGGGAGUUUAUGUUUUGAAUACAUUGAAGGACCACAAGCAGCCCCUCUUCAUUUACCUCCACAUUCUUGCCUUCCAGCCAGAGCUAUGAUUAAUCAAUCACAAAAUUUUUGUCAUGCUAGUCAUGAAUGUCUAUUCCAUGAUACUCACUGUUUAAAACCUUCUCUUGACAAUAUCACUAAGAUUGUUCAAAUAAAAAGAAGGGAGGGAAAGGAUGUCUUAUUUUUCGGACAUCCAGCAGAUAUUUAUAGAACAGUUGAUGUAUCUGAUUGGAUACCUAAAUAUUCAUUUUUAAAUCCUAAAUUACCAGAAACUGUAACACUUCUUUCCAAAUAUAUUACAGUAUUUUCUGCGGGACUAGCAGUCAUUAACAUUAUGCCUUGUUUCUUUCUAGAUGGACAAUAUAUUAUAAAUAUACUUAUGCUUUAUUUAUUAAAUUUCACGCCGCACAAUAAAAAUAUUAGACAAACCAUUAUAUUAACCAUAACAAGUAUAAGUACAUUACUUCUUAUCAUAAACUUAUUGUAUGUACUUAUGAAUAAAUUAUUAUAA